GAGGGGCUUCCAGUGCAGACCAAGAGGGGUCGUGGGGCGGGGGAUAUUACCGUGUACAGGGGUGACAUUGCGGGGACCCAGCUGUCCCGGAGCAAGUUUGCCCUGCCCCUCUCCCCGCCCCUCAGCGUGGCCCCCUCGCCCCCGUCGCCGACGGCGGGGCGGUUCAGCACCCAAGGGCGCAAGGAGGGCCUCACCCCUGCCCACGUCCUCCCACGCUCUCCUCGGGCCUCUCCUUCCGACCCCCUUACCCUCUCUCUGGGAGCCCCUACCAGACCUUCGAGGCUGCGUGUCCCAAUCAGCUAAAAAGGAGGCCCCGCCCGCGGCACCUGGUAGCUCCUCGGGCGCUGCGAGUUCGACGCGGCCACUGCUGCUAUUUUCUCCCCUGGAUGCGUUUUCUAUGAAGAACUACUGAGCCUUCUGGAGCAACAGAAAGUGUUGACUCAAGCCUGUUUCCUCCACUCCCUCGCUGCCCCACCUUCCAGAGAAGUCAAAAAAAUCUCCCUACCAACUGACUGAGGAUUACAAUUUUUUUUUAAUUGAGAAGCAAAAGUUUUCCUUCAACUGUUAGGUGAUCAAAGGUUUAAAAUGCAAAAUACUUUGAAGAAGAUCCAUUAACUAAAAAAUUCAUUCAUUAAUCAGCAGUUAGAGAUUGUGGGAUUAGUGAUAUGCUUUUCUAAAGAGUAGAAAAGUCGAAGAUGUCUAGACAGAAUUUUGUGGCUUUGACAGUGACUACCCUUCUGGGCGUGGCUAUAGGGGGGUUUGUCCUCUGGAAAGGCAUCCAGCGCCGCCGAAGGAGUAAAACGAGCCCUGUGACCCCACAGCCACAGCAGAAAGUGCUGGGCAGUGGAGAGCUGCCCCCUCCAGAAGAUGAUCAGCUGCACUCCAGUGCCCCCAGAUCCUCGUGGGAGGAACAGAUCCUUAAAGCAAAGGUGGUGACGGUGUCUCAGGAGGCAGAGUGGGAUCAAAUCGAGCCCUUGCUUAGAAGUGAAUUAGAAGAUUUUCCAGUACUUGGAAUUGACUGUGAGUGGGUAAAUUUGGAAGGCAAAGCCAGCCCUCUGUCACUUCUACAAAUGGCCUCCCCAAGUGGCCUCUGUGUCUUGAUUCGCCUGCCUAAGCUAAUCUGUGGAGGAAAAACACUACCAAGAACAUUACUGAAUAUUUUGGCAGAUGGCACCAUUUUGAAAGUUGGAGUGGGAUGCUCAGAAGAUGCCAGCAAGCUUCUGCAGGAUUACGGCCUUGUUGUUAGGGGGUGCCUGGACCUCCGAUACCUAGCCAUGCGGCAGAGAAACAAUUUGCUCUGUAAUGGGCUUAGCCUGAAAUCCCUUGCUGAGACUGUUUUGAACUUUCCCCUUGACAAGUCCCUUCUACUUCGUUGCAGCAACUGGGAUGCUGAGACUCUUACAGAGGACCAGGUAAUUUAUGCUGCCAGGGAUGCCCAGAUUUCAGUGGCUCUCUUUCUUCAUCUUCUUGGAUACCCUUUCUCUAGGAAUUCACCUGGAGAAAAAAACGACCACAGUAGCUGGAGAAAAGUCUUGGAAAAAUGCCAGGGUGUGGUCGACAUCCCAUUUCGAAGCAAAGGAAUGAGCAGAUUGGGAGAAGAGGUUAAUGGGGAAGCAACAGAAUCUCAGCAGAAGCCAAAACAUAAGAAGUCUAAGAUGGAUGGGAUGGUGCCAGGCCACCACCAAGGGAGAGACCCCAGAAAACAUAAAAGAAAGCCCCUAGGGGUGGGCUAUUCUGCCAGAAAAUCACCUCUUUAUGAUAACUGCUUUCUCCAUGCUCCUGAUGGACAGCCCCUCUGCACUUGUGAUAGAAGAAAAGCUCAGUGGUACCUGGACAAAGGCAUUGGUGAGCUGGUGAGUGAAGAGCCCUUUGUGGUGAAGCUACGGUUUGAACCUGCAGGAAGGCCCGAAUCGCCUGGAGACUAUUACUUGAUGGUUAAAGAGAACCUAUGUGUAGUGUGUGGCAAGAGAGACUCCUACAUUCGGAAGAACGUGAUUCCACAUGAGUACCGGAAGCACUUCCCCAUCGAGAUGAAGGACCACAACUCCCACGAUGUGCUGCUGCUCUGCACCUCCUGCCAUGCCAUUUCCAACUACUAUGACAACCAUCUGAAGCAGCAGCUGGCCAAGGAAUUCCAGGCCCCCAUUGGCUCUGAGGAGGGCUUGCGCCUGCUGGAAGAUCCUGAGCGUCGGCAGGUGCGUUCUGGGGCCAGGGCCCUACUCAACGCAGAGAGCCUGCCUGCUCAUCGAAAGGAGGAGCUGCUGCAAGCACUCAGAGAGUUUUAUAACACAGACAUGGUCACAGAGGAGAUGCUUCAAGAGGCUGCCAGCCUGGAGACCAGAAUCUCCAAUGAAAACUAUGUUCCUCAUGGGCUGAAGGUGGUGCAGUGUCACAGCCAGGGUGGGCUGCGCUCCCUCAUGCAGCUAGAGAGCCGCUGGCGUCAGCACUUCCUGGACUCCAUGCAGCCCAAGCACCUGCCCCAGCAGUGGUCAGUGGACCACAACCAUCAGAAGCUGCUCCGGAAAUUCGGGGAAGAUCUUCCCAUCCAGCUGUCAUGAUAGCUGCUUUCCUCCCAGUUAGGACAGGUGGGAAGCUGGAGCCAAGGUUGAAGAGUCGCCUCUUCCCAUUUUAAUACAUCAUUAAUUGUCAAAACCUGGGUGACACGAAUCAGAAUACUAACCUAGACUAAUCCUAGGAUGCUUCUGCUGGAGCAAAGAUAUUGUUUGAAGGAAAGUUUAUGGUUUUGGAUUUUAAGUGGGCAGGGUCUUUUAUCCUCUCUUAUUUUUGUGGACAAGAGAGGCCUUGGCCUUUAUUUUUACUCUCGCUCUUCUGCUGUCCCUGUGCAGAGGAAAAAUGAAGAAUUCUCCCAGAAGUGACUUGUCAAGACUUUCAAAAAAUGUUUUUAAUGCAUUUCUUCCUUGUCUGGUGCCUCAGUGUAUCUCUAACAGGGGCUGUCCAGUAUAUCAGUCCCGUUAAGAGGGAAGAAAAAGUUCUUCCAAAGGCUGGAGAAGUGAGCAAGGAGUCAAAUUUAUUUUCCCAGUUCAACCUCAUCAUUAUCAUUUAUUUGGCUUCAUGCUCUCCCAUAACUCAUGUAGUUGAGAUCCAUCCCAUCUGGGUCACUUCAGUCUACUUCACGUACUUGAAAAGGCUUUCCUUUACACAUUCAGGACCAAACAGCAAAUUCCUGCCACAUGCUUCCACCCUGUCACUGGGAGAAAUCCUUUUCUGGAAAUGAGCCUUUGACCAGGGUGGGGCAGAAAGAACCACGAACUCCAUCUCCCAAUAGAACUUUGAAAUUCACUCAGCUUUUCCUUUCAUGCUAUUUGUUGCCUGCUUGUUGCACUUCUCCUGCCCCAGAACUGCAAGAUUUUUAGCUUCACCACUUUCUGAGGGGAAUGUUAUUUUUUAUCCGAAUCAGUAUCAGUUUCCCUAUAUUCUGUGCUUCAUCGAAUUUGCAAGACCUCUUUUAAGCAUUUAAUUCACUCCCAGAGUCAUCUGGUCAGGUUGCAAUAUGAGGACUUCUCUGUCUCCUCUGAAGCCUGGGACACCGAGGUUACUUAAUACAUUAGAUGUUCAAAAGAGGAGUGUUUCAUCUUUCAAAAUGUUAGGCCAUCACUUUGAGUAUAAAAUUGACUUAUUAAUGAUUAGUAUUUUUUCUAAAGUAUUAGGAAAACUUUCUUAUUUUAUAAGAUCUUAACAAGCUUAAAAAAGAAUUUUAUGACCAGAAUCCAACAAGAGCUCUAUUUUGGAAUUGUGCCCAAGCUGGUGAUGUUUGCUUUAAAAUUGAUAAAUAAAACUUCUUGUAAGCACAAGGCUCACUGGAUGUGAAUGUAAAACUUCACGACUUUAUAAAACUGGUAAGUGUUCCUAGGGAAGGGGCUAUUUAUCCUACAGGUCCCUGCCUCCUGGCAGUGCCAUGGUAUGUGUGCAUGGAUAUACCAUACACAGUCACCAUCGGCCAUCAGUAGCAGCCCACGAACCUACGUGCACAUCCUGCAUCUUGCUCCUCUGACCCUUCAUUCCCAUUUGUCUUCAAGCAGGCAUUUCUGGGAUCUAAACUAGAAAUCCUUCAAAACAAAUAGUACCAGCCACUCUGAGGAAUGUGCGUUCACUAUAGUGGGUUAUUAUGGGGUCUCUGCCUCCUGGCUGUGUUAUGCGGAGCCCAGGAGUGGAGCUGUGGAAAUAGAUGGGGAGAGGCUGGUACUUGGGUUGUGGUAAUAGUCAGGCUUGCCACAAGAGGGCACUCAUAGAUUUGUUUUUAUAUUCAUUCUUGCAAAAAAAGCGACUGGUUACUGAACGUAACUCAUGACUUAUGUUUCAAAUUUUGCAUACCUGAUUUUAAGUCAUUUUGAUAGCUUUGCAAGAAAAAUUUUUCCUUUGAAACAAGGGAGUAGGGCGGUUUCAUUUUCUUUCCUUCUAAUCCUUGUGCUAAGAGGUAAGAAACACUUAAGGUCAUUUAAGGUGCUAAGGAAUGGGUUCUCCCAUGGAGCUUUCUGUAAGGCGCAGUAAAAUAGAGCCAGUAGCAAAGUAGAGGAAAAAGCCAGACUGCGUCACACAAGAUUUCUCAUCCUUUUCAGGAGAGAGUUACUGUGUAGAUUUGAAUCUUUUUUCUUUGAGUCUGCUUUGAACUUCAGCAGGCUUUUCCUAAGACUGACAAUUGUCAUCGUAAAUGAGAGAUUUGAGGGUAGACUUAUUUUAUGGUAAAUGUCUAUUUUUCUGAUAUAAAAGUAACAAUGCUCAUUACAGAAGAGUCUAAACAAA